GUUAUCGAUAAACUUGAAUGCUUGUUUACGAUAUCAAAACAAAAUCACAUUGUUAAAUGGAUUUUGCUAAGAAAAUAUUAGGUAAAUAUGGCUGGAAGGAAGGCGACGGACUAGGUAAAAACAACACUGGCAUUGCAGUGCCGUUGAAAGCUAGCUUAAAGUUUGACAAUGCCGGGCUAGGCGUUGAUCGUGCCACAGAAUUUAAUGAUCAUUGGUGGGAACGUUGCUUCAACGAGGCCUCCUCCAACGUGAGCGUACAAGUGGAGGAGAAUGGAAAAAUAAGCACUGGACGCAAGGCAGGCGAAGAAGCCGUGGAAAUAUCCACAAAAGGUUACUCUGCUCGCAAGCUAAAGAAAGCUAAGGAUCAGCAGCGACAUGGAGAAGGUGGCGCGGUCUACGAGAACUUUUUAAAAUCAGCGCUGCUUACCCAAGAAGGCGGUGAAGUGGCGACCACAGAUCGCAUCAAGGUCGAUGACAUUACUGUUUCCAAAGUGCAUGUAAUGACGGAUGAGGAGUUGUUCAAGGCUUGCGGUGGACGCACCGCGCACAAGGGAGCGCGUCAUGGUUUGAAAUUGAGUGGGAAACUCGCACGCGUUGAACAGCAGGAGCGAGAGAUGCUAGAGAAGCUGCAGGGUAAACAAAGGGAGCCCGAAAAAGAAGAGCCAGUGAAGCUGCAGGACAAAAUAAGGGAGCCCGAGCAAGAGCCAGUGAAAGUGAAAAAACUCAAAAAGAAUAAGGCCGAGGUUGAAGAGGUUGCAGAUGAAGCGACGCCAGUUAAAACGAAAAAACGCAGGCAAGUCGAAGCUGCGGAAGAGGAAUCCUGCGAGCCCAUCAAGUCUAAGAAAAAGAAAAAGAAGCACAAGCAAGCGGAAGAAUAA